GCGGGGCCUCUCCACCAAGGGCUGCUUGGAGCGCCGUGACCUCGAGAAGCUGUUGGACUGGGGGCGAAUCGUCCUCGUGCCAGUGCCAGCAGCUUUGAUGUUUUGGACACGUUAGACGCAGAAGGGGCUCUCAUGGUUGAAGGUACCUCACCAGUUGGCCGGAAACUGUGAAUCCGCUCGUGCAGGAGGGGCAGAUCACACGGCCACAGGCGGCGCCAGCAAGGAAGCAAAGCCAAACACUUCGAUGGGCUUCGAUACCCAAAGGCACACGAGAAAGCCGUGUGCGCGACUUCGGGAGGCAGAGCAGGGCUCGGUGAACCUCCCGCUGGCAGAGCCACAGAUGAUGGACCUCCCAGACCGGCCGUCUUCGCCCGCCUCUCCGGCACGGGUCCAACACAUCGCCGCAGAGGAGGAGAAUGAGGAGGAGGACAAUGAGCCUGUUGUCCUGCCAGCGAACAAGCGGCCGGCUGGUGCUCGAACAACCUCGGAAAGCUCCACCCUGUCUGGCAGCUCCAGCUCGACCUCGCAAAAGUCAUCUGAAGGCACGCUGAGAAGCUUGGCAGGCGGGCGGAAGGCAAUGGCGAGUCCUCACGCCCCGAAUGCGCACGGGAACACCCAGAGCGUGCAGAGCGUGCAGAGCGUGCGCGACGUCUCGAACGCGGGCACCAAGAGCCAGGCGAAGCCAGAGCUGCGAAAGACAGCGACCUGGGCGGGCACGUCGCACACGUCACGGCCCGGCUCCGGCUCCGGCGGGCUGAGCCCUUCCCGGUCCCGGGGCUCCUUGGCACCUCUGGCGCGCUCGCCAUCCCACGGGUCUCACAUGUCUCACGGGUCUCACGGGUCCCGCGCCAGUUCCCACGCCCGCCCGUCCGCCCGCGCCCCAGCCCCGGGGACCCCGGGGGCCCCGCGGCCGCCGUCCCAGGGCGCCCGGCGGGCUCCGCGCUAGGCGCCGGGCGCCGGGUGUUGGAAGGGUAGUUAGGACGGCAGCUGGCACCUCGUGUGUUGCGCGGCAA